UUCUCUUUGAUCAAAGCUUAUUGGCCAAUGAACCUCAACUGCACCAAAUCAAUCGCAAUUCCCUUGGUGCAGCGCAGAUUAGUGUAGCUCUAGUGCAGACAAGAAAGAACAGACCUGUAAAUUUUUUUGACUUAACUGGUAGGAUACUACAUCUAUAUAUCUGUGAUCUGAAAACAGUGACCGUCAGUGUUGAUCGGAGUCGGAGUUGGAGUGCGUUGGUGUGCGAGAGUGUGUACUGUUUUUCUCUCGGUUCUCGGUCACGGUUCUCUCUCAUCGAUCAUAUUUUUGUUUUUGAAAUCGCGGGAUUUCCUCAACGAAAUUUUGAGGCGAGGAUCGAAUUCGCGAGUAGAAAAGCAAGAAUCUAUGAUCAUUGCGGUCCCCAAGAGCGACAACGACGCGAUGCCGUCGUUUCAGUGACCCCGUGGGAAAACACGAGGAUGUUCCCACGCUGCCGCUGCGCUGCAAGUGUGUGUUUGUUGUGUGUGUGAAAUUCCUCAGAGAGGGAACGAGCAAGAGAGAGAGAGAGAGAGAAAGAAAGAGAAAGAGAAAGAGAACGAGUGAACGGUGAAGUAGCGGGAGCGGGCGAGAAGGGAGGAUGAGCGCCCAGGGGCAGGAGCAUGGACACGCGGUGGUCGUGUGGGAAUGGGAGAAUCGUCACGGCCGAUGGAGGCCCUACAGUCCGGCCGUGUCACAGCAUCUCGAGAGGGCCCAUUGCAAGAAGCUCACGCGAGUAUUUCUCCACGAUGCGGAUCCCAAUCUCGACAGGUAUUACAUAAAUUUGAAGACAAAGACACAAUGCAGCGAUGAUGUGGACGAGACGUACAAUGUAAGAAGAAAAUUUUAUCUGCCGGGCUCAUUGGCUGGCAAAGGUGCCAAGUGGGAAUGGGCAGGUGACUCCGAUGAUUGGCAUACUUAUGACAUGGAAGUUCAAUGUCUCAUAGAAGAAGCAUGGGCGAGAGGGGACAAGACCAUUGACAUUUCCAAAACGUACCUGGGCUUUCCUUACAUCAUCAACUUUUGCAAUCUUACACAAGUGAGAUGCUGCACAGGAUACGUGAGACCUAUAAGACGCAUACAGCAGGCGCCUUAUCCGCUGGUCAAAGUCGCGUUGGAAGAAUUGCAAAUCUCUUCCGGAAGAAGAUCCACGUCAGUUCAAUAUACAGUCAAGAAUUCCACUGUUAAAGUAGCUCACAAAAAAUCGUCUACCGGAAAUACGAAGAAAAAUAGCAAAAAAGGUAAAAGCGGGGACACGAACGGUCCGUCAAAUAUCGCGCGCGUUAUUCUCAGCAACUUCAACAUAUUUAGCAGCAAACACGGCAUCGAAAACAAUUCGUCGGCGACAAAUGUGGAAUCCUGUCAGAAGCGAAAGACCUGGGACACCGUGUUGGAUAUUGACUCCAGCAGUACAAAAAGCGGUCGCAGGCCCAGCGUAGACACCGUAUCCACGUAUUUGAGUCACGAGAACCCGGUGGAUCUGCUGGAUAGCAGCGUAGGAAGCGAUGAUGCGUUCAAGGAUUCCGUUCUCGGAGUGGACAACACGUCGGACGUGAUAUCGCAAUAUGUCAAAGUGGUCGAAAGCGACGGAUCUGACUCGUGUCCGGUGUGUCUUGGCGCUCCGGAACCGCUGACAGUUGAGCUGACGCGAUGCAGGCACAGACUGCACUUGGCAUGUCUGAACGCAAUGCUCAGUUGCCAGCAACCACCCAUGUACAUACAAUGUCCUGUAUGCCGUAUGAUUUAUGGCGAGAAGAGAGGCAAUCAACCACCGGGGACGAUGAACUGGACGCGAAUACCACGCGCAUUGCCGGGCUUUCCGAAUACCAACACUAUACAAAUCACUUAUGACAUUCCGUCCGGAAUUCAGGGUAAUGAGCAUCCGAAUCCCGGUCAGGCAUACUACGCUGUGGGUUUUCCUCGAGUGUGCUAUCUGCCGGAUAACAAUCUCGGCCGUCGCGUGCUAAGACUGUUGCAGAUCGCGUUCGAGCGUAGACUAAUCUUCACGAUCGGCCGAUCGAUCACCACCGGCCGCGAAGAUGUUGUCACGUGGAACGAGAUUCAUCACAAAACCGAACUAGGUCCGUCCACAUCUGGUCACGGUUAUCCCGAUCAGAGUUACCUCGAAAGAACACUCGCGGAAUUAGCAGCGCAAGGUGUAUCUGACGGACAGUCGUUGUAUCAACAGUUGCAUUGAUCGCAUGUAAAAUUCAUCGAAUAAGAACGAAUAUAUUAAUUUUACGCAGAGAACACGUUAUAUCCCCCAGUGGAGAAAAAAACUGAUAUAUUUUCUUUUGUAAAAGAGUAAAGUGUCUUGGAUAUUUUUAUGAACGCGUGUAUAUAAAAAUCUUUUCUACGAUCGAGAAUAUUCUGUCACGAUUGAAACAAAUUGUCAAAAAUUAUUUAAACUAACAGUAAAUUGAUUGUUAUUGGAGCCUUACUCUGGAUGUUCGUUGCGAAAUGUGAAUAUAUAUACAUAUAUACAUAUACACAUAUUUCUUUGUGUAAAUAUUACACGUAAAAUUUCAUCUCGUAUAUGCUAGAACCUGCAUACUCCCCUAUCUAAAUGUAAAAUAAUUCGCAAAAAACACCUCAGCCAGGAGUCCUGGAAUCUUGCUUUCCGUGCAAUCGCCUUCCCAAUUCGGCGACGAACAUUCAGCGUAAAGCUUCAUCAAUUUAUUGUUAGUUUUUAACUACUACUAAGCGCCGAAUCUUUUCGUUAAUUGUUAAAAACUAUUAAGUUGAAUUCAUAAAGUUAUACGUCUUCCGUGAAAUUUUUGUUUAAUGAAAAGAGAAAGUACUAUUUCAGAUAAAAGUUUAUAGAUGUAUUAAAUGAUAAGAAAAAUGCAAUUGAGAGAAAUAUGCAAUGCUGCGGGAAAAAACACAAUAUAGCUUUACGUAAAUGUAAUACUCUUAUUUGUUUAAAUCAUAUAGAACUAAUUUUUUUAAAGCAUAUAGUAUUUAAUUCUCAGAUAUAAGAUAAAGUUUAUUGUUAUUACUCUCUAAAUUCUAUAUAAAAAAAAAAUUAAAUAUUAAGUUAUAUUAAUUAUAUAUUC